CCCCCUCCAGCCCCAGCUGCGCGGAGGGAUUCUGUGAGCAUCACUGAGUCAGUGUGGCGGCACUGUAACCAGGACCGGGAUAGGGCCAGGGCAGCAGCGAGCGAUCCCCUCCCCCUCCACCGACACCAUGAUUACUUCGGCCGCUGGAAUUAUUUCUCUUCUGGAUGAAAAAGAGCCCCAGCUCAAGGAGUUUGCUCUACACAAGUUGAACUCGGUAGUCAAUGACUUCUGGGCUGAAAUUUCAGAAUCAGUAGUUAAAAUUGAGGAAUUAUAUGAAGAUGAGACUUUUCGAAGUCGUGAGUUUGCUGCCUUGGUGGCAUCCAAGGUUUUUUAUCAUUUGGGAGCUUUUGAGGAAUCGUUGAACUAUGCGCUUGGAGCUGGGGACCUCUUCAAUGUUAAUGAUGAAUCGGAAUAUGUGGAAACCAUCAUAGCAAAAUGCAUCGAUCAUUACACAAAGCUACGAGUUGAAAAUAGAGAAUUACCCGAUGGAGAGGAGAAAUGCAUUGACCCUCGAUUAGAAGGUAUUGUGAAUAAGAUGUUCCAACGCUGUUUUGAUGACCACAAAUACAAACAAGCAAUUGGCAUUGCUCUGGAGACCAGAAGGCUUGAUGUCUUUGAAAAAGUGAUUCUUGAAUCUAAUGAUAUCUCUGGGAUGCUUGCAUACAGUGUGAAGGUGUGCAUGUCACUCAUGCAGAAUAAGCAAUUCAGAAAUGAAGUACUGCGUGUUCUGGUCAAACUAUAUAUGAAUCUGGAAAAGCCAGACUUCAUUAAUGUGUGUCAGUGCCUAAUUUUCCUGGAUGACCCCCAGGCAGUAAGCGAUAUCUUAGAAAAGCUUGUAAAGGAGGACAACUUACUGAUGGCCUAUCAGAUCUGUUUUGACUUAUAUGAGAGUGCCAGCCAACAAUUCCUUUCUAGCGUUAUCCAGAACUUGAAGACUGUAGGCACUCCCAUUGCUGUGGUACCAGGUUCUACAAACACAGGCACUGUGCCAACUGCUGAGAAAGAAAGUGAAGCUAUGGAGACAGAUGAGAAAUUGGGAAACUCUCCAGUAGCAUCCAUGAAAACAACAGAAUUGUCUUCAGAGUCCAAAGCCUUGCAGGAUCAAAACACAAAAAUGAUAAAAAUACUAAGUGGCGAAAUGUCUAUUGAACUACACUUACAGUUUUUAAUACGAAACAAUAACACAGAUCUUAUGAUAUUAAAGAACACAAAGGAUGCUGUCAGAAAUUCAGUUUGUCAUACAGCAACUGUGAUUGCCAAUUCUUUCAUGCAUUGUGGAACAACAAGUGACCAGUUUCUCAGAGAGAAUCUUGAAUGGCUGGCAAGAGCCACGAAUUGGGCUAAGUUUACAGCAACAGCCAGUCUGGGAGUGAUCCAUAAGGGUCAUGAAAAGGAGGCCUUGCAGCUAAUGGCAACAUAUUUACCCAAGGACUCCUCACCUGGUUCAGCUUAUCAGGAGGGAGGAGGUCUGUAUGCACUUGGUCUCAUCCAUGCAAAUCAUGGUGGUGACAUCAUAGAAUACUUGCUCAACCAGCUAAAGAAUGCCAGCAAUGAUAUUGUGCGUCAUGGAGGGUGCCUUGGUCUUGGUUUGGCUGCACUUGGCACUGCGCGACAAGAUGUCUAUGACCUGCUCAAAACAAACCUGUACCAAGAUGAUGCUGUCACUGGUGAAGCAGCUGGUCUAGCACUGGGGCUCGUCAUGCUAGGAUCAAAGUCAGCCCAAGCAAUUGAGGAUAUGGUGGGUUAUGCACAGGAAACUCAGCAUGAAAAGAUUCUUCGUGGCUUGGCUGUAGGCAUUGCUAUGGUCAUGUAUGGCAGAAUGGAGGAAGCAGAUGCCUUAAUUGAGAGUCUCUGUAGAGAUAAGGACCCCAUUCUCAGACGUUCUGGAAUGUACACUGUUGCAAUGGCAUAUUGUGGAUCUGGGAAUAACAAAGCGAUCAGAAGACUGCUGCAUGUUGCUGUGAGUGAUGUCAAUGAUGAUGUCAGACGUGCUGCAGUUGAGUCACUUGGUUUUAUCUUAUUCAGAACUCCAGAGCAGUGUCCAAGUGUGGUGUCUUUGCUUUCUGAAAGUUAUAACCCUCAUGUUCGAUAUGGUGCUGCCCUUGCUCUGGGAAUAUGCUGUGCUGGAACUGGCAAUAAGGAUGCCAUAAACCUUUUGGAGCCAAUGACUAAUGAUCCAGUGAACUAUGUGCGCCAGGGUGCCCUGAUUGCUUCGGCCCUUCUGCUAAUCCAGCAAACAGAGAUCACGUGUCCAAAGGUGUCUCAGUUUCGACAGCUAUACGCAAAGGUUAUCAAUGACAAGCACGAUGAUGUCAUGGCCAAGUUUGGUGCUAUACUAGCUCAGGGCAUACUUGAUGCAGGUGGACGCAACAUGACUAUUUCACUCCAGUCACGGACAGGUCAUACCCAUAUGCCCUCAGUGGUUGGGGUGCUGGUAUUUACCCAGUUCUGGUUCUGGUUUCCUCAUUCACAUUUCUUGUCUCUGGCCUUUACUCCAACUGCAGUCAUUGGGCUAAACAAGGAUCUCAAGAUGCCUAAAGUUCAGUACCGUUCGAAUUGUAAGCCAUCAACAUUUGCCUAUCCUGCUCCCCUGGAAGUUCCUAAAGAGAAGGAAAAAGAAAAGGUUUCCACAGCUGUCCUGUCAAUCACUGCCAAAGCAAAGAAGAAGGAGAAGGAAAAAGACAAGGGAAAAGAGAAAGAGGAAGAGAAAAUGGAAGUUGAAGAGACUGAGAAAAAGGAUGAAGAUAAAGAGAAGGAAAAGAAAAAAGAGCCAGAGCCAAGUAGCCAGUUAUUGGAGAACCCUGCCCGAGUAAUGCCUGCACAACUUAAAGUCUUGGUUAUGCCAGAGGGGUGCAGGUAUCAACCUUUUAAACCUCUGUCAAUUGGAGGGAUUAUAAUUCUAAAGGAUACCAGUGAAGACACAGAGGAGCUUGUGGAACCUGUUGCUGCGCAUGGACCCAAAAUUGAGGAAGAAGAAGAAGAACCGGAACCACCAGAGCCAUUUGAAUACAUUGAUGAUUAAGUAAAAGUUGUAUAUGGAAAUUCAGAAGAUCCGCUCACCUUGUUCCAACACUUUAAUUUUAUUGGAGAUGUCCAUUCAAGGCGUGUAAUCCACAACAUGCUUCUGCAGAAUGGGCUGCAGCAAUUUCACAUUUGUCACGGUGACCCUCCAUACAGCUGCAAUAGAUUUAUUACAUGUUGUAAAAGUUGGAAAUGUUUUAAUGAUCUCAAUAAACCACUUUCAUGUAGAAGAAAA